AUGCCAUUACUCGAGGCUGAAAAGGGCGCUAUUGGCCCUGAGCGGUACUACCGCAUAUUGCCGUGCUCUUGUUCCUUUACGAACACGGACAUCUGGCCUCUCCCAGUGGAUCGUGAGCCUGAGCUGAAGAUGCAUCACCAAAUUGCACGCAAAGAGGGACAAAGAACAAACACAGCUGCAAGUAGAAACUACUUCCUCGCUAGGACUGGUCUGGCGGGCCAGACGUCUCGGUUAGGCUUGGUCUUGGGUGCUAGAGCAGCUCCGAGGUGGCUCCAGCCUGCCCUUGUGCCUGCCUCCCCAACCAAGACGCCAUCAAAUGCUCCAAUGGCAGUCAUUGGCUCGCUGCAGCCCCGGUUUAGCCCCAUCGGCCAAACUGCUAGCUAUGGGCUGCAGCACAGGUGGUACUUUAGUCGCAGUAGGACCACGGUGUGGUUGCAAGGGAAGGAGCCUCCAGGCCAAUGCAUGCCGGGAUCCAAGGAUGAUGGACAUGGCAUGAUAUGGAUGGACUUGCCUCUUAAGUCAACUAUCCCCACGCAAAUCACGAAGCCUCACUCCUACACAUUGCAUAUACAAUCUUUCAACUCCCCUCCACGUGGAGGCAUUGCAGAGAUGACGAAAUUAACUAAGCGGCUUGACUUCCACAAAGAGUCGGGUGGAUUGGGACUGCUUCGCUCACACUCACGCGCCAAGUCUGGCAGUACUGCCAAGACGACUGAGUCUCCAACCGAAUCUGAGGACUCAGCCCAAGACAAGAAGCAACAGCGGUCACGAUCGUGGUUCUCCCCUCACAGGAGAAAAGAUUCCGUCGCCUCUACAAUUCUUCGGAGCACCAAGAGUCUUCGCCGCCUCUCAGCAGUCUCAUCAUCCGCCUCAUCACAACCCGCAGUCUCGACACCCACUACACCAUCCUUCUCGCGCGGCAGCUAUGAGAGCGAUGCCGCUUUCCAUCACAGGAAGCUCUCUUCAGUUGGCAAUAGUGAGAGAAACGGAGCAACAUCAGAACCUGCUCCAACAGACCCGCCUUCAAUUCCUUACCCUCCACACCGACCUGAGCGGCCGCAGGAGGAUCUUUUCGAGGGCACAGUUCUGGAAAAGAGCAGUCCGUCUGUCCACCGCCCCAGUCGGAGUCGCAGCGUACUGCGGCCAUUUUCACCUUUUCCUGGCCCUUCCAUCAGAGACGUGCGACGCCUCAGCCAACAAUCUGAUCACAAACUGCAGACAAACAUUACGAUAGCGGCCACCGCUACCACCUCUGCGACCAAUCAGCUUUCUAAAGAAGCCGUUCAGGCGCACGAACCAACAGAUGCAGACACGAAUGCAAUUCCGUCCAAUGCAUCUGUGAACUCUGAUGCCACACCGGUACCUGUAAUUCCUGGCCGCCGCUCCAGCUACAGGGCCACCAGCCAUGGGUCUGUGUCUGGUGUGGCGCGCAAACCAUCUGUUUCGAGCUCUUUCCACUUUCCUAUUCAUAGACGACCAAGUCAAGUGACGGCUGACAUUGAGUCACGCAAACAUGCACGGUCUUCUCGGUGGACCUUGACAGAGAACAUGGCGGAGAUGUUCAAAGCUCAACGUAUAAAGACUGAAAAACCUGAAAAGCAGCCGUUGACACCAGCCCAAAUCGAGGCAAUCUGGAAUGGCCAAGAUAACAGCAAGGCUGUGAGUAAACAAAAAUCUAAAGAAAGACGAAUGAAAGCAGCGUCGGAUACUUCUGCAAUGAUGCCGCGUCAUUUUGGAGGUCCACUUACGGAAGAGCAACAAAGUCCAGUGUUCCGUGACUCCUUUCAAUGGCCGGACAGAGGGGCAUCGCCGGUCCCAAUGAGCAGGGCCGACAUUAAAAUGAGAGCCCUCCCAUUUGAAAUCACAGUCCCGCCACCCGCUUCGGCAAUUGUCUCUCCGGAAAUCAUCCACGGCGACGUCUCGCCGAAGUCGCCUUCAAAAGUUGAUAGGGAUAGGAAACUGCCUGGCAAUCAGCCAUUACCGCAACUAUUACUUCCGGAGACAGAAGAAGCCAUUGUUGAAGACGACGACGCAUCGUCAACCAGCUCCAUACCCAUGGUUCCCCCCAAGAAUCCGGCAAGGUUUGUUGCCAGAGCGCCGACCAUGCCACUGUUGCCCCCCAUACCUGAGGGCUUCCGAUCUGCCUCAGAUAGCAACAGGAGCUCGAAGGCAUCUGCCCACCGCCGAAGCCGCAGCUGGAACCAUGCCUCGGAAGUAAAGGACGAGACCAUUCAAUAUAACAGCACCCCUUUCACCAGGACCAGCCCAUCCUUCAGACAUGGACCCAUUGUCCUCAGUGACGCUGGCAGUCGCGACUCAGUGGCAACGGUGGAGGCAGCGGAAGGCGAACAUGAUGUUGAUUGGACGGCCUUCCAGACGGCAAUUCUCGGGGGUGAGAGCAAAGACUUGGAUGGAUUAUUCCCAGUAGAGCCUGUACAGGCAGACGAAGAGGAGGGCCAUUUGGCCGAAGAUGUGACUACUUGGUUUGAAGGGUUUGGCUUCGAAACCCAUGGCGAGCUCAUUGCCUCAGAGAAGUCAUCGCAGAUGAAGUCGGAGCGAUCAGCACAGCGUGACUCGGCUGGCAGCAUGACAUCAGCUGCGUCAACACCCUCAACAAUACAGACAGAUGCUGAUGCGGAGCUCAAGACCCCCGUCAGCGCUCAACAGCAACAUCACAUCUUUGAUACCAUCAAGCAGCUUCGCAACGGCUGCGAGAGCACCUACAGCGCCAGCAUUUAUACAACGGACAGCAUGGAUGGUCCAUGGCCGGCGGCAGCUGAUGGCGAGACGGACGGCGAGGGAGUUGGCGAACUAGCACCCACAUCUGUGGGUUCGAAGCAAGCGAUGGGGCAUGGACUCGAAGCUUUCCUUGGAUUCAAGGUUGACGACGCGUACUGA